AUGAACCCUCAUGGUGGCUCAGGUGGAGAAGCUAAUGCAAACAACCAAAAUUAUUUGAGGCCUCGGUUUUCUAGUGAAACACAAGACAGGCUGCGUCCCUUAUUUCCCCUCUUUGCUACUGAGGAAGACUUUGAUCAGCCAGAAGUGAAUUUCCCUCAACAAGGUGGCAACAACAUUGGUGCCACAACUGAUGUUCCACUUGAGGAAACCCCUAAUGUUGUAGCACCGGAAUCAAACAUUUACUCAUCAAGCUCCUUUGCUGGAACUUCUCCAAAUCCUGAGGAAAAUGUAGACUUGUAUCUGAACUUUGGCAUGAGCGGUCAGGGUGAAACAAUUACUCCUGCUAUGGUUCCAAGUUCGAACGUUGCACUUAGCGCGCAUGGAAGCGACUCAAGCAGCGUCAACAUAUCGAGAAAAAGAAGCCUCCCUGAAAACGCUUCUCCAAAUAUAGAAGAACCCAAAAGAUUUGAUACUCGGUCUCAGGUGAGAGCUACCCGCAACGAAAUUCCACACAUUGCAGAAACAACGGUUCCACCAACCAACAUGAGAGCUGACUGGAUGGAUAAUACUGACCAUAGAAUAGGUUCUCAUGCUCAACCUUUUAUUUCAACACAUUCCCUUCACUCUUCUUUCCAACCCUCACUUUCCGUUGAGCCUCUAUCUUUUCACAGUACUUCAUUCAUGUCUGGUCCUGCCUUCACUGUAAACACCAUGACCAAUGCUCCUCACUCAAUAUCCUCUGGCUUUCCUCACGCUGGACUCCAUAUUAUGGCUCCAUUUUAUCAACAUGGGAACAACAUGUUUGGUCCUGUCGUAACAUCAAUGGGUAAUUUUCCCACUUAUCGACCAAACAGGUUUUACGUUGAUACUCAUCCAGAUACUUCUAGAAGGGCUCUUUCUUUUGUUCUCCCCCAUACGUUGGAACCCCCGUUGGAACCACUGCAUCUACUACCUGGAAUUGUGGGAAAUGGUAAUACUUACCACCCUCUGAGUGGUCAUGCUAGCUCUUCAUCUUGGGUUCCUCCACAGGGCUCACGAGGAAUGAAUCAUUUUGCUGCAGUAAGUAGUCCUGGCCCUCUGAACCACCUGAGUCUUGUGCAAACAUCAUCAUCUGCAAUUCCACCCAAUUUCAUUCAUGAACCCGCUUUUCCGCUUCCACAAUUUCCUUCUGAGGAAACCAGAAGAAGGCUUCCAAAUGGGGUUCAAUCUAUCCUUAAUUCUUUAGGCGAUGGUCACGCUCUGAGGUUUGAGGAGUUGAUGAUCCUCGACUACUCACUUGUGUUACGUGCGUUUCAGAUAGAGCACCCUGAACUAUUCGAGACAUCGCGAUUCACGGGCCUGAGUCUUGAAACGAUAACUCAAUACAUGGAGCGUCAAACUUUCUUGGCUGUUGAUGGAGAUGAUUCAGAACAAAAUAAAGAAAGAUGUCCCGUUUGUCUGGAAGAAUUUUGCAACGGAGAGGAUAUUGGGAAGCUGCAUUCUUGCGUGCACAAGUUUCACUUUGAUUGCAUCAAAACUUGGCUCAACCACAGGAACCGUUGCCCCGUCUGCAGAAAAACUGGGUUGGAAACGUCUAAUGAGCAAAAUGUAGGAGGUAAAGCAGCAGAUGCAGCUGUGGUUCACGAUGAAGGUGACAGUCAAUAG